AGACUUUUGCUCCUGGGUUGGGUUUGCAUCAUCCCCAUUACACCCUCGGGAAAGAGGAGCCAGCCCCCUUUCAAGCCUUAGCUUCCGGCUCCAAGCCGAACCCCUCCCCCUCCCUGUCCCCUUCCCCUUCUCCCAUCCCUCUCUUGGCCACAGCGUCUUGUUAGUCCUCUUCCUUUACUCCGCAAUAUUUUCUUUCUUUCUCCCUCCUCUCCUCCAUUUGUUGUUUAAUGUUUCCCACUCUUUGAGGAAGGAUGGUUGAUUUGGAGAGCGAAGUGCCCCCUCUGCCUCCCAGGUACAGGUUUCGAGAUUUGCUGCUAGGGGACCAAGGAUGGCAAAACGACGACAGGGUACAAGUUGAAUUCUAUAUGAAUGAAAAUACAUUUAAAGAAAGACUAAAAUUAUUUUUCAUAAAAAACCAGAGAUCGAGUCUAAGGAUACGCCUGUUUAAUUUUUCUCUCAAAUUACUAAGCUGCUUAUUAUACAUAAUCCGAGUACUACUAGAAAACCCUUCACAAGGAAAUGAAUGGUCUCAUAUCUUUUGGGUGAACAGAAGUCUACCUUUGUGGGGCUUACAGGUUUCAGUGGCAUUGAUAAGUCUGUUUGAAACAAUAUUACUUGGUUAUCUUAGUUAUAAGGGAAACAUCUGGGAACAGAUUUUGCGAAUACCCUUCAUCUUGGAAAUAAUUAAUGCGGUUCCCUUCAUUAUCUCAAUAUUCUGGCCUUCCUUAAGGAAUCUAUUUGUCCCAGUCUUUCUGAACUGUUGGCUUGCCAAACAUGCCUUGGAAAAUAUGAUUAAUGAUCUACACAGAGCCAUUCAGCGGACACAGUCUGCAAUGUUUAAUCAAGUUUUGAUUUUAAUAUCUACAUUACUAUGCCUUAUCUUCACCUGCAUUUGUGGGAUCCAACAUCUGGAACGAAUAGGAAAGAAGCUGAAUCUCUUUGACUCCCUUUAUUUCUGCAUUGUGACUUUUUCUACUGUGGGCUUCGGGGAUGUCACUCCUGAAACAUGGUCCUCCAAGCUUUUUGUCGUUGCUAUGAUUUGUGUUGCUCUUGUGGUUCUACCCAUACAGUUUGAACAGCUGGCUUAUUUGUGGAUGGAGAGACAAAAGUCAGGUGGAAACUAUAGCCGACAUAGAGCUCAAACUGAAAAGCAUGUCGUCCUGUGUGUCAGCUCACUGAAGAUUGAUUUACUUAUGGAUUUUUUAAAUGAAUUCUAUGCUCAUCCUAGGCUCCAGGAUUAUUAUGUGGUGAUUUUGUGUCCUACUGAAAUGGAUGUACAGGUUCGAAGGGUACUGCAGAUUCCAAUGUGGUCCCAACGAGUUAUCUACCUUCAAGGUUCAGCCCUUAAAGAUCAAGACCUAUUGAGAGCAAAGAUGGAUGACGCUGAGGCCUGUUUUAUUCUCAGUAGCCGUUGUGAAGUGGAUAGGACAUCAUCUGAUCACCAAACAAUUUUGAGAGCAUGGGCUGUGAAAGAUUUUGCUCCAAAUUGUCCUUUGUAUGUCCAGAUAUUAAAGCCUGAAAAUAAAUUUCACAUCAAAUUUGCUGAUCAUGUUGUUUGUGAAGAAGAGUUUAAAUACGCCAUGUUAGCUUUAAACUGUAUAUGCCCAGCAACAUCUACACUUAUUACACUACUGGUUCAUACCUCUAGAGGGCAAGAAGGCCAGCAAUCGCCAGAACAAUGGCAGAAGAUGUACGGUAGAUGCUCCGGGAAUGAAGUCUACCACAUUGUUUUGGAAGAAAGUACAUUUUUUGCUGAAUAUGAAGGAAAGAGUUUUACAUAUGCCUCUUUCCACGCACACAAAAAGUUUGGCGUCUGCUUGAUAGGUGUUAGGAGGGAGGAUAAUAAAAACAUUUUGCUGAAUCCAGGUCCUCGAUACAUUAUGAAUUCUACAGACAUAUGUUUUUAUAUUAAUAUUACCAAAGAAGAGAAUUCAGCAUUUAAAAACCAAGACCAGCAGAGAAAAAGCAAUGUGUCCAGGUCAUUUUAUCAUGGACCUUCCAGAUUACCUGUACAUAGCAUAAUUGCCAGCAUGGGUACUGUGGCUAUAGACUUGCAAGAUACAAGCUGUAGAUCAGCAAGUGGCCCUACCCUGUCUCUUCCUACAGAGGGAAGCAAAGAAAUAAGAAGACCUAGCAUUGCUCCUGUUUUAGAGGUUGCAGAUACAUCAUCGAUUCAAACAUGUGAUCUUCUAAGUGACCAAUCAGAAGAUGAAACUACACCAGAUGAAGAAAUUUCUUCAAACUUAGAGUAUGCUAAAGGUUACCCACCUUAUUCUCCAUAUAUAGGAAGUUCACCCACUUUUUGUCAUCUCCUUCAUGAAAAAGUACCAUUUUGCUGCUUAAGAUUAGACAAGAGUUGCCAGCAUAACUACUAUGAGGAUGCAAAAGCCUAUGGAUUCAAAAAUAAACUAAUUAUAGUUGCAGCUGAAACAGCUGGAAAUGGAUUAUAUAACUUUAUUGUUCCUCUCAGGGCAUAUUAUAGACCAAAGAAAGAACUUAAUCCCAUAGUACUGCUAUUGGAUAACCCGCCAGAUAUGCAUUUUCUGGAUGCAAUCUGUUGGUUUCCAAUGGUUUACUACAUGGUGGGCUCUAUUGACAACCUAGAUGACUUACUCAGGUGUGGAGUGACCUUUGCUGCUAAUAUGGUGGUUGUGGAUAAAGAGAGCACCAUGAGUGCCGAGGAAGACUACAUGGCAGAUGCCAAAACCAUUGUGAACGUGCAGACACUCUUCAGGUUGUUUUCCAGUCUCAGUAUUAUCACAGAGCUAACUCACCCAGCCAACAUGAGAUUCAUGCAAUUCAGAGCCAAAGACUGUUACUCUCUUGCUCUUUCAAAACUGGAAAAGAAAGAACGGGAGAGAGGCUCUAACUUGGCCUUUAUGUUUCGACUGCCUUUUGCUGCUGGGAGGGUGUUUAGCAUCAGUAUGUUGGACACUCUGCUAUAUCAGUCAUUUGUAAAGGAUUAUAUGAUUUCUAUCACGAGACUUCUGUUGGGACUGGACACUACACCAGGAUCUGGGUUUCUUUGUUCUAUGAAAAUCACUGCAGAUGACUUAUGGAUCAGAACUUAUGCCAGACUUUAUCAGAAGUUGUGUUCUUCUACUGGAGAUGUUCCCAUUGGAAUUUACAGGACUGAGUCUCAGAAACUUACUACAUCUGAGUCUCAAAUAUCUAUCAGUGUAGAAGAGUGGGAAGACACCAAAGAUUCCAAAGAACAAGGGCACCACCGCAGCAACCACCGCAACUCAACAUCCAGUGACCAGUCGGACCAUCCCUUGCUGCGGAGAAAAAGCAUGCAGUGGGCCCGAAGACUGAGCAGAAAAGGCCCAAAACACUCUGGUAAAACAGCUGAAAAAAUAACCCAGCAGCGACUGAACCUCUACAGGAGGUCAGAAAGACAAGAGCUUGCUGAACUUGUGAAAAAUAGAAUGAAACACUUGGGUCUUUCUACAGUGGGAUAUGAUGAAAUGAAUGAUCAUCAAAGUACCCUCUCCUACAUCCUGAUUAACCCAUCUCCAGAUACCAGAAUAGAGCUGAAUGAUGUUGUAUACUUAAUUCGACCAGAUCCACUGGCCUACCUUCCAAACAGUGAGCCCAGUCGAAGAAACAGCAUCUGCAAUGUCACUGGUCAAGAUUCUCGGGAGGAAACUCAACUUUGAUAAAAGUAAAAUGAGAAACUUUUUUCCUACAAGGACCUUGCUUGAAACCACAAAAGUUUUGCUGGCACGAAAGAAGCUAGAUGGAAAUAUAUGUAAUUCUCUCAUAUUUAAAAACGUAAUCUCUUCUCUUAGAAGUAUAGAUCAUUUUGAAACUUAAUGUACUACUUACUGGUACUCUCCCUGUUAAUAUUUGAAGGACAUCAAUGGAAUAAAUUUGAAAAGCUAUAUUAAAAUACAAAAAUUUAAAUCUGACAUUUGUUUUAUAAUAAUCCAAACUCUAUGAAAGCAAUUUUAAAAAUUAUUAAGGUUUCAUGAAGUUGACAAAAUCUAACUAUAUUUGGUGCAUCACAAUGGACACAGAAUGCUGCUGCUCCUCUUAAAAAUUAAAUGUGUCAUAUUCUUUAAACUUACUGUUUUACAAAAUUGAGCUCAUCGUAAAUGUCUAGUCUUCUCUACAUACAGAUUAACCAACAAACUUGUGUGGCUGACUUUUGUGUAAAAAUCAUAGUUUGCUUUAGAAUACAAAUCUUUAAGUCAUUUUAACUUUUUUUCUCUGCCUUACGAUAUACAAAUAUUUAUCUUAGAAUUUGAGAUGUUCAUAGCAUGUUUUAUUACACUGAAGAAACUAAAACAUAAAUGAAAAGAAACACUAGGUUCCCGCACUUUUUGGUAACUUUAUGUCUAGCAAAUAUUUUAUGCCAAGAAAAGCAUACUAUAAAGCAAAUAUCUAUUAUUCUCCUAAACGAAUGCCUAGCAUAGAGAAAAUACUUAAUACACAUUUGUUGACUUAAAUUUAAUUCAAGGAUUGAAAAAUUAACUGGAUAUCUUGAAAUACACAGUAAUAAUUGUCCUUAGACUCUUGAGCUUCACCAUUUUUUGUAUAUCUAUAUAGUAAAUUUCAUUAGAAAAAUUCUUUUAAAAUUGACAGAAGAUAAUUUAUACCUCUUAUGGACUCUGAAGACACUUCAAAUCAUUAAAAGUCCUUAUGUCUUUGGUAAUGAAACAAUAACACUCAGUGAAGGGUGUAUUAAAAACUUUGACUUAAUUUUGAAAUCAUAUAUAUGAACUAUAACAUGAGAGAAAAGCAUAAAACAAAAAUAGGUAGUUCUUGGCUUUUAACAUUAAUGCAAAUCAUGCAGAAUUUGAGUUAUAAAUUUAAAUAUAAAUUGACCAUUAAUGAUAUCCAGUUUUUCAUUUUUUACCUGUAUUGCAUUUCCCCCCUAGAGAAAUAGAUCAAAAAAGCACAAGAGUAUGCGUACAUAGUUUACCAGGUAGUGGAAGUGUGUUAAAAUGUUCCUAUAAAAGAAACAUUGGUAAAUUUAAAUAUAUACUAUUCUAAUUUU